AUGUCGAAAACCUUCACCCAAGCAGACGUAGCGUCGCAUAAUAAGCCAGAUAAUCUCUACAUCGUUGUUGAUGAAGAUGUCUACGACCUCACCACAUUCCAAGAUGAGCACCCAGGCGGAAAGAAGAUCCUCACCCGCGUAGCCGGCAAAGACGCCAGCAAGCAAUUCUGGAAAUACCACAACGAGAGCAUCCUCAAGAAAUACAAGCCCAAACUCCAAGUCGGCUCUCUCGACACAAAGAAGAACGCCGCGCCUCCUACACCGCCAGCUUCUCCUCCGCCGACUAAGGAGAUUGUCAAGCCUCAGGCUGAGAGCGGGACUGUAAGUGCGGCGCCUGUUGGUGAUGUGCAGGAGAAGGUGCCCGAGGAGACAUUGGAUGCGUUUGGAGAUCUGAUCCCGUUUGCGGAUCCGGCUUGGUAUCAGGGUUUCCACUCACCCUACCACAACGAAACGCACGUCGCGCUCCGCGAUGAAGUCCGCGCCUGGGUAUCCUCCGAAAUCGAACCUUACGUCAGCGAAUGGGACGAAGCGAAGAAAGUUCCCGACGCGAUAUACAAAGCCAUGGGCACACGCGGAUACCUAGCCGGACUAAUGGGCGUGAGCCACUGGCCCAGCGAGUACACCGGUGCGAAGAUCGCAAGCGUGGCACCAGAGAAGUGGGAUCUGUUCCACGAGCUGCUGAUCACGGACGAGCUAUCGCGGGCAGCGUCUGGCGGGUUUGUAUGGAAUGUGAUUGGGGGCUUCGGGAUUGGCUGUCCCCCACUCCUGAAGUUUGGGAAGCCGGAACUGGUGAAGCGGAUCUUGCCUGGUAUAUUGUCUGGAGAUAAACGCAUCUGUCUGGCGAUUACGGAGCCGGAUGCUGGGAGCGAUGUGGCCAAUCUGGGGUGUGAGGCGAAGCUGAGUGAGGAUGGGAAGCAUUAUAUUGUUAAUGGGGAGAAGAAGUGGAUUACGAAUGGUGUGUGGUCUGAUUACUUCACUACGGCUGUAAGGACGGGCACGCCUGAGAGCGGGAUGAAUGGGAUUAGUGUUCUGCUUAUUGAACGCAGUGCUGGGGGUGUGAGUACGAGGAAGAUGGAUUGUCAGGGGGUGUGGUCGAGUGGUACUACAUAUAUCACGUUUGAGGAUGUGAAAGUGCCAGUGGAGAAUGUUAUUGGCAAAGUAAACGGGGGUUUUAAAGUCAUCAUGACAAACUUCAACCAUGAACGCAUCGGCAUCAUAAUCCAAUGCAUCCGCUUCUCACGCGUCUGCUACGAAGAAUCCGUAAAAUACGCCAACAAGCGCCGCACCUUCGGGCAGAAACUAAUCCAGCACCCCGUCAUCCGACUUAAGCUCGCGCACAUGGCGCGGCAGAUUGAAGCGUCGUACUGCUGGCUAGAAUCCAUCAUGCACCAGAUUUCGCACAUGCCGGAAGAGCUAGCCAUGCUGCGGCUGGGUGGGCCGAUUGCCAGUCUCAAGGCGCAAAGCACGGUGACGUUUGAGUUUUGCGCGAGGGAGGCGAGUCAGAUUUUUGGGGGUCUGAGUUAUAGUCGCGGGGGACAGGGAGGGAAGAUCGAGAGGUUGUAUAGGGAUGUGAGGGCGUAUGCUAUUCCGGGGGGGAGCGAGGAGAUUAUGUUGGAUUUGAGUAUUAGACAGAGUUUGAAGGUUGGAGAGAUAAUGGGGAUGAAGUUGUAG